AUGAAAUGUGUGCUGUUUAACUAUUUUAGGUCGGAAAUAAAGCAUUCACAGCGACGAACGCAAAGUGAAGCAACCACCGAAUGUGCUACAGAAAUAACAGAACAAGCCAUUCAAAAUAUUUAUCAAGGUAAUCCCUAUGCGUCCACAAACAUAAAUAGCCCAAAAUGAUAUACUAUUACAGUAAACAAGCAAUAGAAUGCUAUAUCAAUGUUGAUGAAUUGUCAAAUGGGUAGUUCAAUGAAUGGAUGUAAUGCAUUGAACAUGGCCGAUUACAAUGGAUUACAAUUUCUUUAAGGCCAAGAAACAUCCACGCCGUUAAAAACUGGAGAAAGCCUACAGCUUCCUUCUCCAUCUGAAUCCCCUGUUAUUGGAGAUGAAGUCGAGGAUAAUACCAUUGCAACAAUUGAUGCGAAUACAAGCUUUGCUCGGUCUGAUGCAACCCUUCUUGACAGGUACUGAUUGUAAAGUAAUAUUUGUAGUUUAUUAUGGAAUUGUGAAUGUGCGUAGCAACAAUAUAUUUGUUGUAUCUCAAAUUAUUUGUAUCUAGUUCUACUAUAACCAAUGCAAUAAAUGUGUCCAUGUUCACGGAUGACGAGGAUGAUGUCAGUGAUGGCAGUCUGGAAGAUGCUGCCAGUUAUAUCAGGUAAAAUAUGUCAGGUCAUAAAUACUUUUACAAGAAUGGAACUAAUUGAGUCAUAAACAUCAUUGUCCCUUACAGCAUACAUGAUCUUACCAAAUCAGCUCUCGAAGAUUUGAAUGCAGAGAAGCAAAGUUAUUCAGA